UUUCCCGCCAGCCAUUGUCCCAUGAUCUAUAAAAAACCAUGGGAACCUCCUGUUAAUUCGGAGUCACAAACCCCAACUCACUCUGUUCAUCAACUGACUGAGUCAUCUUACUACUGAUUCAAAAAAUCCAAAAAAGCUUUCUCUGAGUUUGUAUUUAUCCAAAGAUCACAGCUUUUAAAGCCGCUUUAAUACCGGACUCCAGAGAAUGGAAGGUGGACGUGAGACAAAGUUAUCUACUGAUGAAUUGGAAUCUGUUGAAUUUGGAAAUCAAAAUGCUGCUUUGAUGGAGAUUGGAUUAGGGAAUCAUGGGUGCUUGCAUUACAGAAGGAGAUGUAAGAUUAGAGCACCAUGUUGCAAUGAGAUCUUUGAUUGCAGGCAUUGCCAUAAUGAAGCUAAGAAUUCCCUGGAAUGUAAUCCUCUGGAGCAACAUGAAAUUCCACGCCAUGAAGUUGAAACGGUCAUUUGCUCCCUAUGCGACACAGAACAAGAUGUUCAACAAUAUUGCAUCAAUUGCGGAGUCUGUAUGGGGAAGUACUUCUGUGCUAAAUGCAAAUUCUUUGAUGAUAAUGUUUCUAAAAACCAAUACCACUGCAAUGAGUGUGGUAUAUGCAGAACUGGAGGUGAGGAGAACUUCUUUCAUUGCAACAAAUGUGGAUGUUGCUAUUCCAAAUCAAUGAGCGAUGCACAUCGUUGUGUGGAGAGAGCAAUGCACCACAACUGCCCUGUUUGCUUUGAGUUUCUUUUUGAUACAAUGAAGGAUAUAACUGUCUUACCUUGUGGACACACAAUGCAUUUGGAAUGUUUGAGAGAGAUGGAGCAACAUUAUCUGUACUCUUGCCCAGUCUGCUCAAAGUCUAUCUGCGAUAUGUCCGAAUUGUGGAGAAAGCUUGAUCAAGAGAUUGCCUCAACCCGGAUGCCUGCUGUAUACCAAAAUAAGAUGGUAUGGAUUCUCUGCAACGAUUGCGGAGCCACUUCCCGUGUCCAGUUCCACAUUGUGGCACACAAAUGCUUGAAUUGCGAGUCCUACAAUACCAGACAGACACGCGGAGGCCCUGCUGCUUCAUGCUCAUCAGUGAUGGCCGAGAUGGUGAGAUGAUCAGUCCUUUUUUUCCACGCUUAAGAUUAGUUAAGCGUCGAAAUUUAAAUCCCCGAAGCGAGAAAAUUUAUUCUGUCCAAACCACAGUUCAGUUCUUCUGUAAUUUACCGUGUCUUAAUAAACAUGCCAAAAGAGCUAGUGGCAAAAAGGACACUAAUUGAGAAAGUGUUACCUUCCAUUAUGUUCUGUCAAUGACAUUAGUCUUUGUAAAUACGUUGUGAAUACAGAUGGUACAGAUCUUGCAUGUAUACUGAAUUCAGGAUGUUCUUGUUCAAAAUCCAGUCAUUAAAUCUUA